AUGGACAAAGGUCUGUGUGCAUACUACACAGCCAAAAGCAGUCUUGCCAUGCGUAUGUUUAAGACCUCCGUGGGGAAACUGCAGCGACAAGUGUACGAGGGGGAGUACCCUAUAUUCCAAUAUGCGCCAGUGUGUGCGAGUGACUUCAUACAGGUCAGCAGGAAAGGAGACGUGAUGGAUCUGCACAACCGCACCCGAAUGGUGACGGGCGUCGCUGGCACCAGCCCCCACCUCACACUGCCUGAUGUCAUGCUGCUGGCCCCACCAGCUGCCACCUGUGAUGACCCUAACAGGCACAGCCCUGCUGCCCGGGAGAGAGGUAAAGCUACACAGAUUUUAGGGCUAACCAGGCUGCUUCCCUUGAAGUUCGUAGAGAUAUCCAUUCAUAACAGUAAAAAACAACAGCUCCGCCUGAAGCUUGCCACUGGCCACUCUUUUUACCUUCAGCUGUGUCCCCCUCCAGAUAGAGGGGAUCUUUUUAUUCAGUGGAAAAACCUGAUUUAUAUCCUGAGACCAUCAGCAAAGGCUCACAGCACAACCCGGGCCACCCCAGCUAGGAACAUUCUGGACAUAACUGGAUUUAAGAAAGAGAAGAAGUGCCCAGUGGUUAAGUCUCAAAAAGAUGGGGCCAGGGUGCUUAGGGAGAAUAGCUAA